GGGAUUUCUUUUCAGGUGAAAAAUGAUGGUCGUUUUAGUGGGUCCUCAAGAUUGAGUUUGUAGGAGAGAAGGAGCUCUAUUUUGGAUUAUCUGUUUGAUUUUUUUGAAAAUGACGGAUGGGCGGCGACAUUCAGUAGAUAUCCCCAUCUCUAGAACUCUUGUGGCACUCAGAAGAGUGCGGUCACUGAGGGAUCCGUCAACUAAUUCUUUGAGCAAAUUUUCUAAUUUGCUUGAAAAUGUGAAUUGGGAAACAAAUUCAAGCAAUGGGAUUUCUCUGAGGUUUGAAAAUGGUUGUAAAGAAGGUGUUUCUCAAAAUAACGGUCUCUUAUCAGAAUCUUUAGGUUUGAAUAGACUGAGAAAUGAUCAAGGUGAUGAUUUGGAAAUGCAUGGAGGCUUGCCUGAUUCUAAAUUAAUGACAAGUCAGACUUUCGAUCUGGAAGAAAAUGCUGAUAAUCCUUGUAGAAGGAAUCACGUUAGAGGAUUAGAUAAUUCUUCAUCAAAUGAAAAGGAGGUUUAUGGAGAUGAAUUACUCAAUGAAAGAUAUUGUGGUGAUCAUAGGGAUAAAGAAUUAGACUUGGCUUGCAUUGUGCAUCCUAGUAAUUAUAUGGAAGAUGUAGGUUCGUGCAAGGGGCCAAAUGUAGGAUCAUUAUUGAAGAAAAAAACAGACCAUUCCAUGUCAAAAUGGAAAUCCCCAUACAAAAAUCAAACUAGGUUCACAGAUGAUGUUGGUAGUCUUGUAAGUACUCCUUGCCCUUCUAUAAGUGAUGCCUUGUCAAAUCGUAGCAUGUCAUUAUACACAGAUGAAGAGGUUGAUGUUGUUGACAGCAGUUACCGUGGAUGUGGACUAAGCUACUGCUGGUCCAGAACUCCUCGGUUCAGAGAAUCAAAUCCUUCUGAUGUAGAAGACCAUCCCUUGUUAGCUGGGGACGUUAGUGACACAACUCUUCAUGGACAUGGGCAACACAACAUCAAUAAUGAAAUUGCUACUUGCUCUGAAACUCCUAGGAGUUUGAGUCAGAAGUUCAGGCCAAAAUCUUUCGAAGAAUUGGUUGGACAAAAUGUGGUUGUGAGGUCUCUAUUGAGUGCCAUUUCAAGAGGAAUGGUAACGUCCUUUUACCUCUUUCAUGGUCCUCGAGGUACUGGCAAGACCUCUGCCGCAAGGAUCUUUGCUGCUGCUUUAAAUUGCCUCUCAAUUGAGGAGCACAAGCCUUGUGGUCUGUGCCGAGAGUGUAUUUUGUUCUUUUCCGGUAGGAGUAGGGAUGUCAAGGAAGUGGAUUCUGUGAGAAUCAAUCAAACAGACAGGGUCAGAUCCAUUAUGAAGAAUGCAUUCGUCCCACCCCUUUCAUCACACUUUAAGAUAUUCAUUAUUGAUGAGUGCCAAUUGCUCCAUGGGGAGACAUGGAUGACUGUUUUAAAUAGCUUGGAUAACAUUUCACAACAUGUUGUCUUUGUAAUGAUCACUCCUGACCUGGAUAAGCUGCCACGAAGUGCAGUAUCUCGCUCCCAAAAAUAUUAUUUUCCCAAGAUAAAAGAUCCUGAUAUUGUGAGCAGAUUGAGGGAAAUCUGUGUUGCAGAGGAUCUCAAAUUUGACCAGGUUGCUUUAGACUUCAUUGCUACUAAAUCAAACGGUUCUCUCAGGGAUGCGGAGAUGAUGCUUGAUCAGCUCAGUUUGCUUGGUAAAAAAAUUACAAUAUCCUUGGCCUAUGAGCUUAUAGGAAUUGUUUCUGAUGAUGAAUUGCUUGAUUUGCUAGAUUUGGCUUUGUCUUCUGACACUUCAAAUACAGUAAUAAGGGCCAGAGAACUGAUGAGAUCAAAAAUUGAUCCAAUGCAACUUAUUUCACAACUUGCAAAUCUCAUCAUGGAUGUUCUUGCUGGUAAAUGUCAGGAAUGUAGUUCUGAAGCUAGGAAAAACUUUUUCAGAAGGCACAAUUCUGAAGUGGAUAAGCAGAAAUUGAGUCAUGCACUGAAAAUACUUUCUGAAACGGAGAAACAGUUGAGAAUGUCGAAACAUCAAACCACAUGGCUCACUGUAGCUUUAUUGCAGUUAAGCUCAGUGGAGUCUUCAUCCUUAGAUCUAAGUGAUUCGAAGUUGAGUCAGAGAAAUGCACAUGAGAAAGAUGGUGAUUCUUCUAGCAAAUUGUCCCCUUGCGAGAGCCUGAAGCAUUUGGCUGUCCAUUGUUCCUGUGAUGACAACAAAUCAAAUAAAUUUGGAACUCAGGAGGAUUUUAAAGGAAAAUUGGAAUUGAUAUGGAAGAAAGCUACAGAAUUAUGUCAAUCUAAAUCACUGAAGAGUUUUCUAAGGAAACAAGGGAAAAUGUUGUCUCUUCAUGUUAACCAAGGUGUGGCAGUUAUCGAAUUGCAAUUCCAUCAUCCUGACUAUGUAUCUAGGGCUGAGAAGUCCUGGAAAUUGAUUGCAAGCUCUCUUCAGACAAUACUGGGUUGUAAUGUUGAAAUACGGUUACUUUGUGCUCCCAUGUCAAACUUUGGUAAGACAAGGAAGUCAUCUUUCAAUUUGUUUAGUUGUUCACGCAGAAUUCAGCAGAGGUCUUUAUCAACCACAGAUUGUGGGAAUGAUUCUGAAUAUUCUGAUUACAUUUCUGAAAAACCUGUCAUGAAGGAUAGGCAUGUUUUGAAUUGUUACUCAGAUUGUGGAUCAAAUAUGUCAAAUAACUCUUGUCACAGAACAGACGUGGUAGGAGCUUUAAGAAAUAGUCAGGGAAAUGUACUAAGUACUGGUACACCCUCUUCCCAGAGAAUAAAUCAACAUGAUACAUCAAAGGCUCCUGGUUAUGGAAUCAACUCUUUAGGGGAAGAGAGAAGCACUUGUGAGUAUAGUGAUUUAUCAAUUCAAGAGCCGGAAAUUCAGCCAAGUUGCUUUCCUACAUCUUUAAGGCUUAAAAAGAAGUUAUACACAUCAGAUACUACUCAAACGGGCCAUGCAAGUAACCGACAAGAAAACAAGCUUGCAUUGUCUAUCCCGAAUAACAAUUCUUUUGAUACAUAUAUAGGUGUCAAUGACCCCUGUGUUUUCUAUGGCAGCUCAACUAAUCACUCGGACAGCUUCAGAGAGGAGGAUGGAUUGAAAGAGUACUCCAAUGUGCUUUGUUGGAGAACCCCCAUUCCCCCAAGGAAGGCUUGGCAGCCGGCGCAUCAACAAAAAAGGUCGAACAUAGUGCAGUGCAUUCUACCCUGUGCGAGUGCUAAGUAGUUGUUGUAUCGUAUGAGUCUGAUGACUGAGCAGAUGGCAAACAUUUUUGGUAGCUGCACUGCAGAAGAGCUUCAAAUAUACAUAAUUUUUUCCAAAGUUUUGUAAGUAUUUGCAGAACGUGGAGAUCAUCACAGGGCAUAAUGUUAUUGUGAUAUGUAUAGCAGUUGAUUUGAUUUUACAGAAUAAGCUUCUCUUUGGCAUUUAUUUUCUACUGAGAUGCUGAAGUUUGCCUAAACUUUUUCCCCUCUGGGUCGUAGUUGAUCAGCCAAAAUUCCAUAAUUUAAUGAAGUUUUCUUUGUACUA